AGUGACUCGUCUGCGGGACAUAAACAACAGACAGCUCUCUUGUUACUCUAGUGUCCCGUCUGUCGCUCCAACCUAGUGAAGUUUUCUACUUUAUAAACUGCGCAGUAACCACAAGUCUUUGUUGCAACACAUCCGGAACAAGAUCAACUGUCACCUACAUGAUUGAUGGGAUUUUGGGUACUGUUUGCUAAACUGGCCCCAGGUCCAACAUGAGGCUCUGGUCCCCCGUUCUGCUGUGCCUGGCAGCAGGCCUGUCGACUGCCUUUGUGAUUUCACCUCCACACAUGUGGACCAAACUGAUCCUGACCCACCACUGGCCAAAGACCUUCUGUAGUAUGGAACAUUGUCAUGCCAACAUUAGCUUCUGGACACUACAUGGACUCUGGCCAGAUAAAGGGAUUGACUGUAAUUCAUCGUGGCAUUUCAACUCUUCUCAAAUAGAGGACCUGCUCCCAGACAUGAAGAAGAGUUGGCCGGACUUGCUUAAACCCUUUUCUACUGAAUUCUGGAAGUAUGAGUGGCACAAACAUGGUACAUGUGCAGCCAAAGCAGAUUCUCUGAAUAGUCAACAUAAAUACUUCGGCAAGGCACUGGAACUAUACCAUAAAUUGGAUUUGGACAGCAUCCUGAAGAAGUUUGACAUCAUCCCUUCAGAAAACUACUACAAACUUUCACAAAUUGAAGGAGUCAUAGAGAACUUCUACAACGUCAAACCUAAGAUCCAGUGUGCCCAUCCGACAAAGAAUGAUGAUUUCCAGACUCUGGGGCAGAUUGAGAUCUGUUUUGACCCUGACUUCACCCUCGUGGACUGUGAGAGACAUACCAUGGAGACAGUAUCCAGGGAAGACUGGGACAAUACCAUUGCUGUUGACAGGGUAUCUGGGUUCAGUGUGUGUGACCAUGAUAUGCCAGUUUACUACCCACCCUCUCUUCCAUAAAACACAUACAUGCCCAAACUGAAACGCAACAACAGCACACUACAGCCCUACUUUCACACACACAGACAUGCAAACAAAUCAACUGUACUGUGAUUUAGCGCGUGCGCACAAACUGACUAUAAUUCUAUUUUUCUCAGGCUUCACAUCAUAACUUAAAUGAUAAUGUAUGUCAAAAAUACCGUCACACUAUCAGUGCAGUCUGAAAACAUGUUUGAACUGCAUGAAAAUUAUGGCUGCGACAGGUACUUGAAAAAAAUCUCCUUUAAAGUGCAUUGCUCUUUUUACAUCCUACAAAGACCAGGACACACACUACACUAAUACCUUGUGCUUUAAUGCAAUUAUGUCCCUUCCUGACCGACCCUUGCUUAGAAACUGAAUCCGAUAUAGUGCACAGCAGGGCUCGACAGGGGGCAUCAUGGUGAGUUCAGGUCAGGCAGGCGGGCAGGAAGAUGGACACUUAAUGUACUGUAUCUUGUUGGCAAAUGAGUGGAGUCUUGCAUCAGUGUUGCAGGUGACUCUUACUUCAUGUUAUAGGUUGUGUAGAUAUCAAAGCCUAGUGCAUUAUCUUGUGACAUCUGGCCAUAUUUUAUACCACAUUUGUGUGCUUAAGUGCCACUUAUUAAGUACCAUCUCUUUUUUUUGCGGGGGUAAUUAGAUGUUUUAGUUACAUUAUAAUUAAAUUAAUUUAAUACAUCAAAAUAGCUGGUGAUCUCCAUUGUUAAAUCACUACAAUAUUGAGUUAUAUGCAUAUUUUUGAGGGCUUUUGGAGCAUAAUUUUUAAACAAACAUUGAUGAUUUUCAACAACAUCCACAGGUUUCAGGUAUUAUACACUAGUGGUAGUUAUUGUUUGCUAGCUUCUGAUGUUUGCCAAGUACAUAAUCCAUUAUUCAAUAUUGUGCUGUAGGCCUGGUUAGGUCUGUCUAUGCUGCAGGAAGAGGACUGUUGGUCACAUUUGUGAGCUUAAAACCCAAUAUAGAACCAAUGUAUAGACUAGAAGGUAACUACAGUAUAUGGUGUAUAGAGUAAAUGCUUCAGUUCUUUCUACAGUUUUAGUAGAUACGAGUCCAAAAACCCAAGUACUUUGCCAUGGAAACCUCACAACCCACACUAAGCCCAAUACAUCACACAAGAUGUCACACGAGUUCAUUAUGCACCAUUUUUGUCACACAUGCUCUACUACUGUAGAGAUAAAAUACCUGUUUCUCAAGGAUGUAGCAAAUGUUUUGGUGAACACUAUUUAAUCCCCAUCUGAUUUGUACAAUGACUUGUUUCUGUUGGUGCUGUUAUGUUGGCUAUGGCUGUUUUUGUGCAUAUAUAAAUCAAUUCAAUGUAAGCUGAAAUCUAAAAGAAUACUUAUAAUUAAUUACAGCGGACAAAUGCUGGUGGUGUAAAUUUACUGAAAUGAACAUUUGUACUGUCUUUUUUUAAUGUUAAUAAAACAUUCAAUAUCUAGUCAAUCUG